AUGGCUGGAUCAGAAGCAGAGGAGCCGACUCCGGCACAGGCGCAACCCUUCAUUGAGCCCGACAACGCGGAGACUGCCGACGAAGAUGAGGGCAUUUUCGAUGAGCGAGUAUCCACAUACACGGCGUCAUUAUCAAGUAGCGUCAUCGACUACCCGACCGAGCAUGGUCGUCGAUACCACGCUUUCCGCUCAGGAAAAUAUAUUAUGCCAAAUGACGAUAGGGAACUUGUGCGCCUAGAUCUACUCCAUGUCGUCAUGGUUAGGACGGUGGAGGACAAACUUCACCACGCCCCCAUCGACCCGGAUCGGACCCACUCCGUCCUCGACAUCGGCACCGGCACGGGAGUUUGGGCCAUGGAGUUCGGUGACGAGUAUCCUGGUUCCGAGCGGGAAUCUACAUGUCCUCGGAAACGACUUCAGCCCCAUACAACCGGCAUGGGUUCCCCUAAUGUCAAAUUCGAAGUCGACGACGUCGAAAGCGAAUGGACCUUUCCGGACCCCUUCGACUUCAUCUUUUGCCGCUACAUGGCCGGCUCCAUCGCCGACUGGCCUAAUCUCGUCAAGAACGUCCACGACCACCUAAACCCCGGCGGCUGGGCCGAGUUCCAGGACUACGACAUGCAGUACCGCACCGACGACGACAGCCUGACGGACGAGCACAGCACCUCGAAAUGGCUCAAGGUCAUCCUCGGCGCCGCCAACAAGGUCGGGCGCAACCCGAGCCCCGGCCCGAAGCUGGCGACGUGGGCGCGGGACGCCGGCUUCGAGAACGUGACGGAAAAGGUGUUCAAGAUGCCCAUCGGUCCCUGGCCCAAGGAUCCGUACCUCAAGGAGACGGGGUUGAUUAACGCCGCGCAGGUCGUCGACGGGCUCGAGGGCUUUUCGAUGAGGUUGCUGUGCGGCGUGGAAGGGUGGUCUGAGACGGAGGUGCAGGUUUUGCUGGCGCAGGUGAGGAAGGAGCUCAAGGGCAAGGCGUUCCAUUCAUACGUCAACUUCCACGUGGUGUAUGGUCAGAAAGCGGCGGCUCCUGCGACGGCGCCAGCGACGGCGGACGAGGAGCCGGAGGCGUGA